CACUUUUAUCAACAAGCAAACAUGUCAUUAAUCUAACUCACUAAAAUCAAUGUCCAAAUAUGUUGGUGCGAAUCAGUGUCUCCUCCUUCUUCUUCUUCUCCAAAACCAAUCCAUACCAAGUGUCCCAAUUUCAUGUCUCUACGAGGAACAACGCACCCAAAAACAUUUCACAACUUCAACUAAACAAGCACAUAGACCAGUUUCAAGACAAAAAAAUGAAUGUCCUGCCAAUUGGGAAAAUGUGCUUGAAGGGAUUCGCAAAAUGAGUUAUUUCGAUGAUGACACCACGCGAGAGAUGAUGAUGAUGAUGAUAUUUAAUCUCCUAAGGUCUAAAUCUGUCCUACUUAUGUUGAUUUCGCGCAUGGUGAAAUAAAUUAAACACUAAUCUUUUGGUUUGUUUCCUUAAUGUGAUUAUAAAAUGUACUUUGAACAGCAUUAGCUAUUGGUUUUUGGACCAUUAUUUCAUUUUGAUUUCAAAAACGAUAUGAACCUCGAUGUGGAUAACUUUAUUGUCAGUGUAAACUAAAUUCUUAUGUACAUACAUAAUUAGGAUAGACGAUUUGC